UUGAAAUUUGAGUGACAAAGUCGGGCCUGUUAAAGUGUUAGUGUUUGUGCAAUCCGACCGGCCGCCAUCUUGUUUUCGUGUGGACAGCAGAGGAAAUAAAGAUGGUGGCCACCAUACAUUGCAAAAAAUUUUCCUUUCCCUGCGAGAAUCUGGAAGCAAAUUUGGUGUUUCUCUUAUACAGUGGCAAUUGUUAGUAUCUAAAAUAUAAUAAAACCAUUUUUAAAUCAGUGGAGGGUAUUUUCAAGUUGUUGACGCUACUUGUGUGGUUGAUGCUUAUUGACGCUUGUUGGCACUAAAUAGUAUGACCCUGGUUAGGGCCUGAAUGUUACAAUGUACUGUAGCUGUCAGUUUGUAUGGAGAACUCAAAUUGAUAUGUUCAAGUACCAGAUUUUAUUCAAUUUUAACUCCAAAAGGCUUGUUUGCUUGUUGGAUAUGAUCGCCCAAUCUGCAUGAUCACCUGAUCUCUUCGCACAAGAUUGAUGUUGUAUGAAAUCUUCAACUUCACUUCCCUUUUUGUUAACAAUAUGUGAAUUGCCAGUAGAAAAAAAGGCAAGUUGCUGAUUGUGAUAGCAGAAUUAUCAAUAAAUCGUGCAGUAAUAAUUGCACCCAUCACACAUUAGCAGGUUGCUUUUUGGCCGAAAUAGCAACUGUAUAGUGAGUGGUUUGGGGGCUUACAUGUAGCCAUAUCACUGUGACAAAUUUUCACAAAUUGUCAUUGUGAGUUUGUCGUGACGGCUAAAUGGAAUUCAGGCCUAGGGCCUUGUGCAAAUGCUGGCCUUUUGCCUCUAAAAUUCUUCCGAGCUGCAAAUCGUCAAAAGAAAAUUGGAAAUAAUAUAGAAUCAUUUAACUUGAGAUUCAAUUUAAAAUAUUAAGUUAAUAUUAAGUUAUUUUGACUUCUAAGGGAGGGAAAACAAUUGCAAUUCACCGGCGUGGCCCGGCUAGGAUUUGAUCCCACAAUUGUGUGCCUUCAAGACCAACUACACUAUCCAAGUUGCCGGCGACAACUCUGAGGACGAUGUGCAGCAUCAUCCAAGGGUGCGUGGCUCCUACCGACAUGGGUGAGGAUGCUCCGCUCAUCGACAAUCCCUCGGUCCGGGAAAUGUGUGCCUGGAGCUUGAGAUGUCUCAGGAAUGCUUGUGUGCAGUCGCCACCAAACCAGCAGCUUGUAUGGAAUGCAGGAGCACUAGAUUCACUGAAACAGCUCAUCCAGCUUAUCUCCUCAGCACCACCACCUUUGCAGGAGGAGCUAGCGGCCUGCCUGAGGUGUGCCGUCCAGCUCCUGGGUAAUCUCAUCAGCGGUCAGGUCAAACUCCAGGCCCCGGCAUGGAAAGAGGUUUUCCCUCGUACUUUACUCUCCGUAUUCCAGUGUGCUGACCCAAAGGCUUCGCAGUAUCUCUGCAUGUUCAUCAACAUGUGCAUCCAAAGUUCUUCACCAUCAGAAUGUGCACAGCAGUUGUGGACCAGUGAGGAUGGGUACCAAUUGGUGGAAACUGUUAUCGCUAUGUGUGAAACAGAGUCAGAGCCAGAUUUCAGCUUGCAGCUGUUGCAGACAUUGAUUGUCCUCCCCGAUUUCAUCCCGUCCAUCUUCGACCACCUCACCCCACCCUCCAAGAUCAUCCUCCUGGACAUCGUGGCAGCUUUCCUCUCCCAGGGCCAUGCUGAUGGGCCCUUUGCUCCUGAGGCAGCCUCUGGCAAUGCAGACGGGCAGAAGGAAUCCCCAAGCCUCCCUGCUGUGGAGUUUGUGGCACAGGUCUUUGAGCAAGAGGCUGGCUCCAUCUUUGGUCUGGUGUCGGAAGAGGAGUGGAGUAACAUUGAAAAAGACAAGAAACCCCAGCUUGUAAUGAGACUACUCAAUGCACUGUGUGAGGCAACAGCUCAUCCAGAAGCCAAAAGAAACCUACAGGAGAGAGUGUCUCUACUGGCGUGUAGCCUUGAUCUUCUUGAGCGAGCAAAUAAUGCAGGCAAAAAAGGCAAUAACCACUUCACCGCCACACAGACUCUGGAGGGUGCCAGUGCUCAAAUGAAUCCACUCUUUGGUUUCAAGAGAGACUUGGUUCGUUUGAUCGGUAACAUGUGCCACAACUACACUGCGAACCAGAACAAGAUCCGUGAACUACAUGGUAUCCCAGUCCUACUGGAGCAUUGUAGCAUUGAUGACAGCAACCCCUUCAUCAGCCAGUGGGCCAUCUUUGCCCUCCGAAACCUCUGCGACGGCAACCUCGAGAACCAAGCGGUCAUUGCUGAGAUGUCCAACCAGGGUGUGGUCAACAACGAGCAGCUGGAAAAGUACGGGUUUCAGGCCGAAUGGCGGGAGGGCAGGAUGUACUAUCGAUCAACGAAGAAGAAGUGAAGGGGUCAAGUGAGUGAUAUCUCCCAACUGUCAACACUUAUCUGAUGGUCAAUGCAUGCCUCACCCACUUUGCCGAGCAGAGUCACGGCAAAUUGAUGUAUUUAUUUAUUUCUUGUAUAUAUUUAGAAAUAAUAAAAUACACAAUAAACAGGGCUUGUGAAAGAUAAAUAAAAGUAUAAAACUGCCAUCAAAAGAUGUGUCAAUUCAAGCCCCUAAACUCAAGUGUAAGAGAUAAGAGUAUUCCAUCUUUAGAAGAUAAUAUCUUUUAAAAAAAUGGAAAAAAAAGCAAAUAUGUGCAAAGAUUCAAGCAAAUUCAAACAGCAAUUGACACAAAAAUUGGUACAAAAGCAACGAUCAGUGCAACUAAACAAAUAGCAUACGACCAAACACCCAAUGGAAUGAGCAACAGAAAAAAGACUGCAGAACAAGUUCCUCCAAAAAGUGUAGAUUGGGUAACAAAAAAAUCAGGACAUUGGAAGACUAAUAGAAAUAGAAAAGAUUGUCACCAACAAAAACUCCCAACGUCUAAAAAGCAUCCCUAGACAUCCCGCAGGUCAGUGUAGUUCAUGAUAAGACUUGAGUGAGCUCUAUAAUGCAUGAACAUGCAAGCUUCAUUCUUUGAAAAUAUCAUUCAGCUAAAUCUUGCCUCAGUGAGUAGCCCUUAUUACACCCUCAACAGCAAAGCUUAUCCAAGCUAUGUAGCUUUCCAGCUGUGUGUGUUUGAAAAUGCACUGAUCUAUCAUCACGGUAAUUUCCUACUUUUCCACCUCACCCCAACUUAGACCAAGUUCUCUAGUACCUUGACCUGUUUCAAAGCCAAGAUUCCCCCCUCCUUCUGAAACCUCCUUGUCCCCACGUUUUCCAAGACCUCAUUGUGUACUUCCAAUCAGCCUUCUUCCUUUUAUUUGGUUUAUUGAUUGAAAAUCAUUGCACCCAUAGGAUUCAUUCCAUGAAAUUUGCACCAAUGUUUACAAAAGAUAAACAAAUGGCUAUAUAUAAAUUGUUAAUAAUGCAAGUUAAAUUAGAAAACAGUUUUUUGCAAUAGAGUACCAAAGUGAAUACAUCACGUGCAGAAUUAUGUGUAAACACAUUAGUGCAAGAACCGGUGCAUGAACCGACACAACACGUACUCCAUUUGUUUGCACCACACUUUCUAGUUCAAAAUAACGUCACACCUCGGUAAUCUAUACACCCAUGUUUGUAAACCCAACUCCAGUUUCCCGUGUCUCGAACCUGUUAUCGUGCAUAACCAAACCCCAGCGCUUCGCCUAUCAACCACUUUCAAAUUCCAACUCUACUUCCCAAGGUCCACCCAGUUUUUGUUAGCCCACUUCUCCAUUUCCAAUUUGUCCAGACCUUACCCCUGUUCCUACCAGCAAGGUGUCCUCAUUCCCAAAUACAACUUUCCCUUUGUCAAACCAAACUCUUUCAAACCUUGGUAAACCCAGUUCCCCAUUUUUAAUUGGUUCCAAGCUCAAGCCAAACCGUGUUCCCCUACCUCAAACCUGUAGGUAUAACUAACCUGUCGCUAUUCUCUCAAAAUCAGUUCCUGUCCUUAGUUGAUCCUCGUUCUCAACCUAACUCCAGUUCCCAACCUCCUGCCUGUCUCCUAUGUACCCCAUGCCCUAAUUUCAACACUUGCCCAUUACAAGACUCCAUUUUCUCCCUAGACUUAUCAACUUAUUUUUUUCCCAAAUGCACAACCCACCAGCCGUUAACACCAUGAUUCUGUGCAAUGUUCCAGUGUUCUUGUAGAACUUACGACUUCAGUAAAUGUAUUUAUAUGUAUAAUGUAUAAUGUAUAAUGUAUGUCAGUAAAUGUAUUGUGUCUAUGUAUUGGAAUUUCGGUAGCAUCGCUUGUAAUACCAGGCAUCGAUCAGAUAAUUAAAGAGAACGAAUCCUGGCCGUUGAAUGCGUCAGUGUGA